AUGGAGAGCUUGAUAGGAAUGGUGACAGUGACAGCGUGGAGUUCAAACGCAGAUCUGGCCAAGUGUUCUAGUGGAAGGACCUGUGGUUCCCAGGUGUAUAUAAGACGGACCCUUUUCCUUAGAAAGUUGUACAGAGGCACCAUGGGCAAACUACUCGUCUUCGUUGGUCUGGCUCUCCUGCUGCAUGUGCAGCUAGGAUCAUCCUACAUCCUCUCCUGUUAUUUCACCAACUGGGGACAGUACCGUCCCGGAGCGGGUAAGUAUUUCCCCACAAACGUGGACCCAUGUCUCUGCGACCACCUGAUCUACGCUUUCGCCGGCAUGGACGGCAACAUGAUCAAGACCUACGAGUGGGACGAUGUGAAGCUCUACGGACAGUUCCAGGCCCUCAAGAACGAUAACAGCAAACUGAAGACCCUGCUGGCCAUUGGAGGAUGGAACUUUGGCACUGCCAAAUUCACCGCCAUGGUGUCCAGUCCUGCCAACCGCCAGACCUUCAUCACCAGUGUGAUCAAGUUCCUGCGUCAGUAUCAGUUUGAUGGUCUGGACAUCGACUGGGAGUACCCUGGAUCUCGUGGCUCCCCAGCUGCCGAUAAGGCCCGCUACACCGUUCUGUGCCAGGAGCUGAUGAGCGCCUUCGAGGCUGAGGCCAAACAGACCAGCCGUCCUCGUCUGAUGCUGACUGCUGCUGUCUCUGCCGGAAAGGGAACCAUCGACUCUGGAUACCAGAUUUCCGCGAUCGGAGCUAUCUUGGACUACUUCCACGUGAUGACCUAUGACUUCCAUGGCUCCUGGGAGCACAAUGUUGGAGAGAACAGCCCCCUGUACAAGGGCCCAUCUGACCAGGGAUCCAUGGUCUACUUCAAUGUGGACUAUGCCAUGAACUACUGGAAGAGCAACGGUGUCCCCGCCGAGAAGCUGCUGGUUGGAUUCCCCACCUAUGGCCACACCUUCAAACUGGCCUCCUCCAACUCCGCCGUGGGAGCCCCCGCCAGUGGACCUGGACCUGCCGGACCCUUCACCCGCCAGGCUGGAUUCUGGGCCUACUAUGAGAUCUGCACCUUCCUGAAGCAAGGAGCCACUCAGGCCUGGGACGCCGUCCAGGAUGUGCCCUAUGCCUUCAACAGCCAGAACAUCUGGGUUGGAUACGACAACGUCAAGAGCUUCCAGAUCAAGCUCCAGUGGCUGAAGACAAGCGGUUUCGGAGGAGCUAUGGUUUGGAGUUUGGACCUGGAUGAUUUCAGUGGCACUUUCUGUGGCCAGGGGAGAUACCCUCUGAUCAACACCAUCAAGACCGCCCUUGGAACUGGAGCAGGCUGCACCGCUCGCACGGAGCCUGUGAUCCCAAUCCACCCUACCGCCACCAUUCCAAUCCACCCUACCGCCCGCCCCAAACCUGGUGGCGGCGGCAGCAGCGGAGGCUCUGGAUUCUGCGCCGGCAAGGCCAACGGACUCUUCCCCGAUCCCACAAACAAGAACCACUUCUACGAGUGCAGCCAGGGAAGAACCUACGAGCAGCACUGUGCUGCAGGCCUGGUGUUCGACACCAGCUGCAAAUGUUGCAACUGGGCAUAAACUGGGUCCUUAAAACCUCGUACCACACACAAUCAUGAUGUGAGAAACCAAGUUUAAACGGUUCUGUUUAGGAAUG